AUGCCGGAAGGCAACGAAAAUGAUAAGAAACAAUCCCAAGUUUUGUCAAUAUUCUUCUCCCAAGCCCACGAGCUGUGUGCCCUGACGCGGUGUAUCAAGUUGUCUUUCACUUGCAAGGCUGCAGACGACGGCAUUGAGAGUCACUUUCUCCCAAGCCGGGUUAACCAGACCGAUGACAGGAGCUUGAUGAUGCUUUUAUUGACCGUGGUAUUGCCCGCAGGAGCAAUAUGGAGGAAGCAGCUCCAGGGCUCCCCUGAACACGUGACUCUAUGGUGUUGUUCGCGCUUCUACUUCGUCUACGCGUUGCUCAACCCCAAACUCUUCUUUUUGGCAAAGAGUACGGAGUGUAUUUGCAUACAGUCUGCAUACCUUGUCAAUCCCUACUCCAUCAAACUUGCAUUCCGAAACGAACCUUUUGUAUGGUGGUUAACGCGUGCAGAUCCUUUUCAUCACCGCUCGUCGAUGCUCAGCGCCUUGAUGGAGUCGAAUUGGAAUACAUUGCCGCAUGAGAUCCAAGUUCUCAUCCUCAGCAAGUUGCUCCCUACAUUUUGCAAUGGCCUUUUUGAGUCCUUGAAGGGUAUUAGUCAAUAUCUUCUUGUUUGCCGGCUAUGGAACGUUGAAAUUGGACGUCUCUUGGUCAAAUACCACUCCGCCGAGUGCCUUCUCAGCUCUGCUACCGAGUCAAUUGCCCUCAAAUCUAUCCAGUGUCAAAUUGCAGAGUGGCAGUCCACAAACAAGGAUGACGAACAUGUAAACAGGGCUGUCGACUCCAGGUUCGAAUUUACUUAUGGUUUACAUAAGCUUCUCGGAGUUGCGAUUGUUCGAGGAUAUAUGUCCUGCAUAAAUGUACUUUUAGAGAACGGUGCUCAUCAGCACGGGAGCAAGUUGGUAAUGUCGACAGUUUAUCAUUAUGCAGUUACCAGUGGCAAACCAAACAGAGCGGAAAUGCUUCAACUACUUAAUGCCCACUUUUUAGGUGGUCUCGACGAGGAAGACGACGAAGAUCUGAUGACACCGCUAGCCCAGGCCAUAUUUUCCAAUGAUCUUAUCUCCGUGGAGCAGCUCAUUCUGUUAGGAGCUAGGGUUUCGCAAGCUAUUAUUCGGGACUUUAGGAAGGGAGCCUUUGCUUACGCCAUAGAUUCAAACAACAUUACACUGUUGAAACUGCUACUGGCCAGUGGAGAGGACCCUGAUGAGGAAGAUGCAAAUAGCCAUUCUUCUCCUUCGAAGCUGGCCCUUGCGUUGAGUAACGACAAUGAGGACAUCAUAGAGUUGCUUCUUGACAGCGGCUCGCCUGUCAACACCCCUGAAAGGGUUGUACAGCCACUGGCCGUUGCUGUUGAGUGUUGCUCUCUCGACAGAAUAAAGGACCUUAUCGACAGGGGGGCAAAAGUAAACUACGCUGAUAGAUCUGGAAGAACGCCGUUGAGCCGAGCAGUUAGCUGCAGGGAUCUACCCAUCAUUCAGCUAUUGUUUGACCAUGGUGCCGAGAUCACCCCGGAGGCAUGCCAGGAAGCGCCGCAGAGAGGCUGUCCUCACGUCGCGACUCUUUUACUGGAGCAUCUCGCGAGAGAGGAACGGACGCUAAAGAUACAGUUGGGUUGGCAUCCGCCGUUCUCAAUCGGCGUGAAAGGUGCUAUGGAGUUAUUGCUAAAGGCUGGAGCGGAUCGGAGUGUUCUGAGAAACAUUCAACGGCCGCAGUACGAUGGGAUAUAG